CAACCUCAGCAGGAAGUAGGCACAGUCCAGUGUUGAAAGUGAGUCAACUAUCAAAACAAACUAACGGCAUUGGCAGCAGCGUGUUCCCCGCGGCAUAUUUUUAAAUAACGAUUUUUAAAAUCAUUAUGGACGGUGUACCGAUGCCUUUACGGUGCUUCAACGAGUGCCAUUCCGUAGAGAUGUUGGCGGAUGACGGGGUGGAAACGGUGACUUCAGUGGAGCAGAAAAAAGUGGAGCGCAGCAUUGAAGAGGUCUUCACUGCUUAUAAGCAAAUACACAGCUUACCACAGCCAACCUUGUUGCGGGAACAACACUACCAGUAUCUCAAGAAAGGCUUACGUCACUUAUCGGACGCUUAUGAGUGUCUGGACGCGAGUAGACCGUGGCUCUGCUUCUGGAUUCUUCACAGUCUGGAGUUGCUAGAAGAGCCCAUUCCUGCUAAUGUCGCCUCAGAUGUAUGUCAGUUUCUUGCUCGCUGCCAGAGCCCCACAGGAGGCUUCGCGGGGGGUCCAGGACAACAUGCCCACCUUGCACCUACAUAUGCUGCUGUCAACGCUCUCUGUAUCAUCGGCACAGAUGAGGCCUACAAUGUUAUAGACAGGGAGAAACUGUUAGAUUUCCUAUGGUCAGUGAAGCAGCCAGAUGGCUCGUUUGUGAUGCACGUUGGAGGGGAGGUGGAUGUCAGGAGUGCGUACUGUGCAGCUUCUGUAGCAUCGCUCACAAACAUCCUCACACCCAAACUGUUCGAGGACACGACCAGCUGGAUCCUCAGGUGUCAGAACUGGGAGGGUGGUCUAAGUGGAGUGCCAGGUUUGGAGGCCCACGGGGGCUACACGUUCUGUGGCACAGCGGCACUCGUCAUCCUGGGGAAAGAGCAUAUGCUGGAUCUUAAAGCUUUACUGCGUUGGGUGGUCAGCAGACAGAUGCGCUUUGAAGGAGGCUUUCAGGGCCGCUGCAACAAACUGGUGGACGGCUGCUACUCUUUCUGGCAGGCUGGGCUCCUGCCUCUACUCCACAGAGCCUUAUUCAAAGAAGGAGAGUUGGAGCUGAGUCGGCAGAGGUGGAUGUUCGAGCAGCAGGCCUUGCAAGAGUACAUCCUCCUCUGCUGUCAGAACCCAUCGGGGGGCCUCGUGGAUAAGCCUGGCAAGUCCAGAGAUUUCUACCACACGUGUUACUGUCUGAGUGGUCUCUCUAUAGCGCAGCACUUUGGAAACCAGGAGAUUCAUCAUGAGAUGAUCCUUGGCAAAGAGGAGAACAGACUGGCCCCAAGUCAUCCCGUUUACAACAUUUGUCCGGAGAAGGUGGCUCAGGCCCUGCAGCACUUCCACCGGCUGCCCAUCCCUGACGACAGCAGGCAAACAGCAGCCUCCGCUGACGUCAGACUGUCAGAACCCGCAGCCCCCUCCGGAUCAGCCGACAAUCAGUCUUAGUUCCUCUUCAGUGGUGAUGACAUCAUGUUUAAACCAGCCGACUCCAGGGGACAGACUCGAACCAGCAUACGACGGUCAGGACUUACCUGCUCGAGUCCAGGAGCUGGACGGAGGGUCGACCCUCGAUAGAGAUGAGGGCUGCAGUUUAGGGGAAGUUUUCCUAAAAAAAGGCCUGCUGCUGUGCGAGGGCAGCUUCACAAACAGCUGAAUUUUUGCUUGUAAUGCCAAGUGUUUUCUCUGAAAUAAAAGUGAAACUCUGGAAGGUUUCA